AGCAUUACAUGAAUUUCUUAAUUUUAGUAAUUGUCUUUACAAGACUAUAAAUGGAAGUGUAUCAAAACUAAGUCAAUUUUAGUGCUUCAAUGGCGUCCAAAAAUGUUUCACAACUGAUAGAAAAGGAGGUAUGGACGAAGGCACUCCGCGGAACUUGGAAUAACAACAACAAUCAUGAUAUAAGAGAGGAUGGGGAAGAGGAGACAUGCUUUGAAAAUUCAUUUACUGAUUCAGAAGUGACAAAUCAUGAACAUACAAAUGAUCUUACAUCCAGGGUUCCGGCCAGAAAUGUUGACUUUGUCACAAUGAAAAAAAGUUCAGUUGAAAACACUUCGGAAAAUACUGCUUCUGACACUACAGAGAACUUCAUUAAAAUAUCAUCAGAAAAUAAUGGAGACAGGCCUUCUAGGCUUCAGUAUUUGCCUUCCUCAAAGCCAAGUAAAGAACCAGAAAAAAGUCAAGAACUUAAUUCAGUCGACGAGGACAACGAUGAAAAAGUUGAUGAAGUUGACUAUUUUGAUAGUGAUGAGGAAUACAUGGAAACACACGGACAAAGAUACGACCAGAAAGACGUUUUCGAUUUGAUACUCGAAGAUUCGUACAAGCCUUUAAGAAGCAGAUAUAGUAAAGGAGUAGAACAAUAUAGAAAUAUUUCUGUAUACAAAAGAUCCAUACAAGCAUUUGCAAGAGACAACCAGUUUGAAAUUUAUGAUGUCAUUCAUGAUGGGAAUUGUAUGUUCGGGGCGAUUGCUGAUCAGUUUAUGAUAAAUGGUCGAAUUGGGUAUACAGCACAACAACUACGAUUUACAGCAGUAGACUAUUUGAGAAAGUAUCCUUUCAAGGAAGAUGGCAAUCAUAUCCAAUCCUUUCUGUGUAACGAGUCUUGGGAAGAUUAUCUCUCAAGAAUGUCCAAAUCGAGUGAGUGGAGUGAUCAUAUAGUACUUCAGGCUUUGGUCGAUGCCUACAACUUAGAGGUGGUAGUCUUCAAUGUCUUUCAGGAUGACAUUAUGAGAACUGAGAUUCACCCAGAAAAUAUUAGAAAUCGAAAUCAAAUCCAAAUUUUUCUAGGACAUUUGGGCGAAUUUCAUUAUUUGAGUUUGCGUCCAGCCCACUGGUCAGUCUCUUGGCCUUACAGGUCCAUUUUAUAUAGACUUUUGGUGUGUUCUCAUAAAAUGCCUCUAGCAGCAAGGAAAGAACUGAUACAGAAUAAAAUUACCGAAAUUGGAGCCAGCAAUAAGGUAAAACAAGAAUUUUUAGACUUGGUGCAACUUCCAUUUGAAGGGUCUGAAAUAGAAACCAGUCUGGAAAAUUCAUCAAUGGACAAACAUGUUCUAUCAAAGGAAAUUCACAGAGAAAAUUCUAUGUUCCAUUUUGAAACAUUCUGUUUCGAAGAUUUACAACUUCAAGAAUCAGAAGAUUCAUCGGGCGUCAUUUUCUACGAUCCCAUGCAGAUUGACACCGUAACUGGGAUUCCACUUCUUCAUCUAUCCUACAUUCUCAAACAGUUAUUUCCCCGUCAUAUGCUCAAGGCAUAUUCUUGGUCACAGAGUCCUCUAAUUUUCUUUGAUACUUCUUGUCUUCUUCAUUACAUCGGCUCGGCUGCAGAUGGAAUCAAUGUUUAUUUAAAAGACAUCAGUGAAAAUCAAUCAAAACGCAGAUUUUAUAAUGGACAUAAACAGAAAAAAGAUGGAGAUGUUGCUCUUAUUCCACUAGAGAAAAUUGUGCAACAUUGUGAUAUAAGAAAAAAUCAAACCUCAGUAGGAAGUAUAUUCGCAGACUCAUCAAAAACUCAUCCAGGUUAUUGUCAAUUAAGGCUACCACUUAAUACAAAAGAAAAUGAGAGAAAUGUUCUGCAAAAGGAAUCAGAAAAGUUUCUUAAGGAAGUAGAAGUAGAUGCAGAGCUUUCCACACCAGAACAUGUCCAUCUUACGUACAAAGGACUGCUUUGUGGAACAUUUCCUCCAUUAGCUGAGGAGUGGAGAAUUCGAAUAAGGAAAUUUACAUUUCCUUCUCGCCAACUCAUUCAUAAUAUUUUGCAGGGUAAAUGCACAUUGAUUAAAAAGGCACAUCCUUACAGUAAAGAACCAGAUAUUGAAUGGAAGUACAACUUUUCUAUGGCUGAGCAUACGAUAUUUACGAAUGGCUUAACCGAUUCUCAGAUGCAUGGAUUCUGUGUAUUCAAAGUGUUGGUCGAAAACAUGACUUUUCAUCUAACAAGGCAAUUGAAAAAUAAGCAUUUGAAAGCGGUGUACUUGCGUGCUUUAGAGGAAAUACCUUGUGAAGCCUGGGAGACCAAUUUUAGUGGAUGCAUUUUAUUUGUCAUUAGUAAUUUGGUAGCAAAUUUAAAAGACAAUUUUCUACCACAUUAUUUUAUCCCUAGUAACAAUCUUAUAGAGUGCUACUCAUCUCAAGAGAUUGAAAAUAUUGGUGCCAAUGUUGAAUGUCUUCGAAUGUUUCCAGUGGUAAUCGCCCAAAACAUAGCGGAAAACCAUGGCUAUCAUCAUGCCCCGAAGGUGAUACAAAUGGUCUUUGCAAAUUGUAAAUCAUUUGACGGUAAAGACUUGACAACAAUAUUUAGGAAUGCGUUCACACCUGGAACAUUCCGUUCCUUAAAAGUUUUGACGAGACUUCUGAAAUACGUACACGACCAAAUUGCUCUUAUAUCGAAGCCGUCGGAUUGUUUUGAGAUACCAAGUUUCCUUGAAUUCUUCUACAUGGCUUUGAAACACCUUCGUCAAAACUCAUCACGCAUUAUUUUGGCAAAAUGUUUUGACAUUCAAUUCAAGACUGAUAUUCUGAAGGAAUACAUUAAUGAUAAGGCAACGUACGCUAAAGAUGUCCUACCAUGGGCAGCUGACUUUAAGAUUGGAUUAACAGAAGUUCCAAAAGAGAAAGCCAGUGAUUUUUCCUCUCUUGCUGAUUUCUUUUACGCCUAUAGCUUAAGAGAAUUUGAAAAGCGAAAUUCAAUACUCUCUGUGUUAGCUAUUGAAACAGCAAUACUCUGUAUUAAAGAAGUCCUAAAAACGGAUACAAUAAAAUUAGAAGAAAUAGAAGAUGAACGCUUGAAGGAAGAAAUCUUAUCCCAAAAAGACAGGUUAGCUAGGGAUCUGAAAAGGAAGCUUGAGGAGUACUAUAAUCAUAUGUUUGCUAUCUCAUUGCAGUAUCUUACAUUUAAACCUAUUAUAGACCACAUGGAUGAUAUUGAAACACUUUGUGAUGAGCUUCCGGAAAUGGCACUCAGCGUGAGUCGAAUGUUUACAUAUCUGAAAAGAGGAGAUAAAGCCUUAGAAUACGAACGUAAAUAUAAUACUGCUUUCAAGAGGAGAUAA